CACCCCCCCCACCCCCCCACCCCACCCCCACCCCCCCCCCCACCCCCCACCCACCCCCCCCACCCCCCCCCCACCCCCCCACCCCCGCCCCCCACCCCCCCACCCCCCCACCCCCCCCACCCACCCCCCCCC